AGCAGCAUCUCAACACCCCAGGAGGCCAGAGCAGGCCGGGGCUGUAGCUGUACGUGCGUGGCCCAGCCCCGCAAACCCGCUGGGGCCGGAUUUAACCCUUUCCUCGCUGUGUCCUGCCGGGAGCGGGGGCUGCUGCCCAGGUGGAGACACAGCAGUCUCGGUGCUGAUUGUCCAUAAAAUGGCAGAAGAGAGCGCCGAAGCGACAAGCGAUACCAGUAGAGGGGUGAAUGUCUCAAUGCUGAUGGGUCACAGACCAGUGGAAGAAAGGACAAGAGAUGUGGAUUUCAGCCUAAAAUUCAUUAAAGAUAAAUGGAUCCCAAUUACCGUUACUGUCGUCAUCACAGCGUUGAUCAUCACCGUGAUUGCACUGGCGGCCAGGAAGACUCCCUCCUGCCCACGCUGCCCGCCCCACGUCACUGCUACGUGCCCGGGCGGCUGGGUGGGAUACCAAGGGAACUGCUACUACUUCUCAGAGACUGAAGGGAACUGGAGCGCCAGCCAGAGCAACUGCUCUUCCCUCAAUGCCUCCCUGGCUUCCAUUGAUUCCCUGCCGGAGCUGGAUUUCAUGCUGCGCUAUAAAGGGAUCCCUUACCACUGGAUUGGCCUCCAUAGGGAACAAGGCGAGGGCCAGCCCUGGAAGUGGACCAACGGUACCAUAUUCAACAACCUGUUUCAGGUCAGAGGGGACGGGUACUGCUCCUACCUGGAUAAUCGUGGGGUUAGCAGCUCCAGGUGCUACUUGGAGAGACAUUUUAUCUGCAACCGGCCGGACGAGUGCUCUAGAAGGAAGCCAAGCGCCGGAGGGGACACAAUCACUUAA